AAUUUGGUACAUGGCUGGUUUACUGACUAGGGGACUUGGGUUGGCCUGUUGGUUUCUGGAGUCGGUAUUCCCCAUUUGGUGUGCUUUUUUGUGCUUGCAUUGAUGGUUUGACGCUGUGGUUUUGGUUUUUUAUCUUUUUGAUUUUCCAUUGGUCCUGCAUCCUUUCCACUCUGCUUUUUUCUUUCGUCAUGACCGGCCACGACCUGCCAGGUUGGGGUUUGUAUUUACCUUCAGGGAGGAGUGUACGUCUCGGGCUCUUGUUUCCCACUCAUUCACGGGGGGUUCAGGUGUUAUUCUAUCAUCAUUCGGGUCUGGUUGCGAGUUCGGCCGAAACAUGCGGGUUUUGUUCAGCAACUGGACUUUUAGUUUGGGUAUGGAAAAGGUUGAUUGAUUUUUGUUUUUUACUGCGUUUCAUGUGUUUUUGGGACAUUGGCAAAAAAGGAAUAUACGGGGAUGCAGGCAAAACAUCAAAGAGUUAACGGAGUCUGAUCUCAUGUUUUUAUCAAUGGUCAUAUACUAUUUGCCAUUUCCUUCUCAUCAUCC